AUUUGACACACUGUUGGAAAACCAGAGAAUUAAGGUUCAUAUGAUAAGACCGCGAACAGUAUAUGCUGAGGAAAUGUCUUUAUUUAUGGACAGCUCCAUCUACAAGAGGAUAGCCUUCAUCUUCUCCAUUGUCGGUUUGACGGUGGAAUUCUUGAGCUUCGUGUCCCCUUUCUGGAUUUCCAAGACUUUUACAAACGGGACCACGAUAAACGUGGGUCUGUGGCUGACAUGUGUUGACUUAGAUUGCACUGGCAUUAGCAACAGACCGGCUUGGUUGACUGUGGCUGCUGUGUUUGACCUCCUGUCACUCCUGUUCGGGAUAACGUGUAUCGUCUGCCUGUCUCUCUUCAUCUUCAAACCACAGCUUCUACCUAAAACCAGAAGAUGGCCGCUCAUCGUUGUCACCAUAUUCUCACUUGUCGAAGCUGUGCUGCAGCAGAUUGGUUGCGCCGUCUUCCUUAAAGCGGUUCACGACUCCCCCCAGUCUACGUCUCUGCUGCCGCAGAACGCCUUUGCAAGCCUCUCCUGGGCGGUGGCACUCAGCGUUCUGGGCGUCAUUUUCUACACAGUCGUCUGCAUCCUAUUGUUUACGGACCUCGUUAGAAUAUGUUUCGCUGUUCCAAACUAACGCAUAUUUAACCGUCACAUAAUAAAUUGCGCUAUAUUAUUGACUCAUUCCGAACCGACGACGAGAGCAGUUUUCUCCUCUGUGCUUCAACUCAAGUUUUCAUAGGCUUGACCAAACAAGGGAUAUUUGGAGUUCCGGGGCAAUAACUACAUUCUACAGAAGCUCUAGUAAAUUUGAAAUCACAAAACUUUUCUCAAAUCAACAUUAAAACGUAUGACUUUUCAACACUUUACACGACCAUUCCUCGCCAUAAAUAAAAGACUAGAUCUUUUGACAUCUUAGACAGUUGCUUUUUCAACAAAAAUGGAAAAAGGAAAUAUUCAUAUAUAGCGACCAGGCAUUAA